UUCAAUGAUCAUCAUAUUUAAAUCAUUCUAAACCGGAGCGAUCGACUAUAAAAUCGCGGCGAUGAAACCCGACCGAUUACUCCUCUUGACGACCUAUCCGACUCAAGGGUUCUCCAGUUCUUCUCCAAUCGUCCGUGCAAAAGACAAUCACAAUCGAUCGAUCGAUCAAUCAAUCGGUCGAUCACGCGUGCAAUCGUCGAGGUUCGCGAUGCGCGUGUGUUGUGACACGCCGGUCGUUAUGGAUACGUCGCGACGUCCAGGGGACCAGUGUAUAGCCACUUCCCACACGUCGUCCAGGGUGUGUACGUAAUGUGUGUCGUCGUCGUCGUGUAGAAUCCGCGACGAUCCGCUAUGCCGAAGAAUCGCCACUCGCCUUCCGGUACUCUUGGAAAAGACGUCGCGUCACCGUUGCCGCCGAAGAGGAAGACGGACUCCGUCAGUUCCUACUUCCUCCCGUGAAGCCAUCUGCGUCUUCCGCUACACACGCGUUCUCCGGAAGCUGAGCAAUGUUCAGCCUGAGGCCCCAUAGUGCGACCACGAGACAGGAGCUUGAGAUGAUCAAUAAGGCCCAACGGGCCAUACACAUCACAACGGAUCCCAUUGAGAAGCUGCGUCUGCUCUGCCUGGCUAGAGGUGCCAACGGCAUCCUCGGUCUGGGUAGAGUAUUCCGUCGUAUGGACGAGGAUGGCAAUAAGAAACUAAAUAUCGAGGAGUUCAAAACGGGUUUAAAGCAAACGGAGCUAGAAAUAGGUGACGACGAGAUUGACGAGAUCUUUCAGAAAUUCGACACCGACGAAGAUGGAAACAUUAGCGUCGACGAGUUCCUCGUCGGCAUAAGACCAUCGAUGUCUCAAAGCCGGCGAAGUGUGGUCGAGCAGGCGUUCAACAAAUUGGACAAAACCGGCGAUGGACGGAUCACCACUGAUGAUCUUAAAGGGGUUUACAAUGUCAAAUGUCAUCCGCGUUACAUUAGCGGCGAGGAAAGCGAGGAGAGCAUUUUGAACAAGUUCCUCUCGAAUUUCGAGCACGGCGGCAACGAAGAUGGCAUCGUAACGGCAGAGGAAUUCAUGAAUUAUUACAGCGUUAUCAGCGCGAGCAUAGAUCACGAUGCGUACUUUGAUCUGAUGAUACGCAACGCUUACAAGCUGUGAUCUCUGUAUUUCGUGAGAUGACACGCUGAUUCAUGCGUCCGCCUAUUCGCUGUGCGAGUCAACAGCUACAACAUCGCCAUUCUGAAAAAAUAUAAAUUAAUAUAUUAACCGCUACGUUGCCAAGUGUGUCCUAGCUUAUCAUUAGACUCGCACGUAUUUCUGCUAAUUGCAAUCUACAAGUAUAUUAUUUACAAUGUUAAUCGUUCGGUUGACCGGAUGAAGCUAAAACGGCUACACAUAUAUAACUUAUUAAUCGUUAUAAUUUAUUGUGACGUUCUCGAUCGAGAAGAAGAAGCGCGCGUAAAAAGACAGAGGAAGAAAGAAGAAAUUUAUCUUAAAAAGCUCGUUAAAAAUUUAUCUCCUCGGUUCUUUCUUUUUUCCUUGUGCAGUUAAAUAUUAUAAAUUCAAUUGUUCGACAUUAUCGGCGAACUGUCUAUUAAUUUAUUUAAAUCAAAGAAAGAAUUGUUUGGCCAAUUCUUCGGCAGUCUCUUCUUCUUCUUCGACGUUUUAUUAGUUAAUUAUAAACAAAAAAGUUGGUUACAGGGUCCAAUUCCACGGCGCGAAUCGCGACGAAUACAAUGUUGCGCACACGUAUUAUUCUUUACGUAUGUCCUCUAUCUCUGUAAUCGUUAUGUUUAUCCUUCUGCGAAUAAAUACCUGAAUAUAUGA